AUGGGUAACCGCUUUAUUAAGCUAAUGUGGGCUAAUAGAGACAGCAUUCCUGAUGAUGGAAUGAGUAGCAGCAAUAGUAUGACAGUUGGUUCAGUUCCACCUCAAUCAUCUGGUGCUAACAGAGGAAAAGAUGUUAUUCAGUCUACACCUUUCAAGAGUAGUGUUGCCCAUGCUUCUGUCAUUCCUGUGCCAGCCUCUGAUCAUCCUAAGCCUGUGGUAGCUAAUGGUCCCAGAGCCCAACCUCCUUCAAAAAAGAAGCUGGAUGAAAUAGAGCUUUUGAAGAAGGAAGUCCGCAAGAAGCAAGAGAUGCUUGAUCAGAAACGGAAUGACUUGCGGCUGCAAUUGGAUUUGCUUGAGAAACAAGGUAAAGGUCUGAAAGGUGAGGCAUCAUCAGAGCAGGCCGCUAAAAGACAUAAAGCUGGUGCCGUAGCUGAUGUUGCAAAAUUUGCAGCUUCUAGAUCCGUUGAUCCUGGUACUGUUGUAUCAUCACUGCAAGCUGAAGUGGUUAAUGAUAAUGGCAAAGCUGCAGAGACUCAUAGUUCCAAAUCAAGUUCAAUUGUGGCUCUGCCGGAACCCUCAAGCGUGAAAUCUUCAAUUCGUCCAUUGGCUUCUGUAGGGGCAGCUUUUAUCAAUAGAUUCAAAUUGGACAACCGUCCCACUGCAUUUAAGAUCAUUCCACCUUUGCCAACUGGUCUUACUAAUGUAAUCUUUUUCUCCAUCACCUCCUCUCUCCCUCUCUAUACGUAA